ACUUGGAAACUUAAUAUUAAAUACUACAGACUACAUAUAUGGUACUGGUACUUCUAUACUAACUAAUGAGAAUCAAUCCCCCAUUACUACAAUCCUCAUCACAUCAUUACAACUCCUAUUUUCUGUUCCUUCGUUAAGUCGUUUAGAAUCAAUGGGAAGAACUCAUUUUAACGCUGAUGCUAUAAUCCGUAUAGUCAUAUUCGAUUUCUAG